GGUGAUGUCUAUUUGUGAUUGAUGUGUUUUGGCGAUGUUCUGUUGUCCUGCACGAAUUCCUGUUUUCCUCAUCACUGUCGCUCGCUUGGGUUUGAAGCGUUGGGUGUUGACGUCACUUGAGAUUUUUUGAAAUUGUGUCACUGGAUAGGGGCCAAUCGCUGCCUCAGGGACCUGAAGCUCCGGCCAUCUUCUUGUCAUAGUUUCCUGAUCGCAGCGGGUUAUUUUUUUUGCUCGUUUGUGUUAAGUGAGGUUUUUGAGUCACCGCACCGGGGAAUCGGCCAUUAGGUAGUCUACCUAUCAGUCAUAUCGUCGUCGUGACGAGCAGCAGCAGGUUGGGAUGACUCUUGAGUUUCUUAAGAAACCUACGUUGAUUGAGUGGACCCACACUAUCUACGCCUAUAACGGUGUGGCUUUUGGUCUUGACCCGAUUUGUGUAUAUCCAUUCAUAUUUAACUUCGCGGUGACUUGUUCUGUCGUAAGCUUGCUUCUUGAGACAGGCUGGCUAGUGCCGCACUUCUCAUAAUUCACCGACUUCUUGAUGUGUCUCAUUUGUGAGAUCGGCUUGCAGCUUCUUUGUCGUACCUGUUGCGCAACGGAAGUGCUCCAGUUAUGUCCAUGGAAGACAACCGGCUUUGACAGCAGAGCCCUCAGAGUUGGGGGCCGUUGCGGUGAGACCUCGUUGAAGGCUCCACCCUUCACUCAAAGGCGCGUCCGCACGCUCAAUCGGAUUUUUCAAUCUGCUGGUCGAUAGUUGUGAAUCCUCCUCUGCUUUGUGGCCUUCCAGGGAUCUCCGGCGUCGGAGCACUGUUGAGUAUUACGAAGGGAUCGCGGAUUUCGCACAAUUCUGGCUUGUGUUUGGACCUUGUCAAUACCAACCUGUGUGGUUCGAAGGACCCCUUGUUCUUGUGAAUUCUCUGGGUUUCAGUCUGGGUGGUUCUAUGCGUUUAUAUUUUCACGUAUAUUAGGAACUGCUGGCUUUCUUGAAGCUCUAGUCAAUUCUUGAAUCUUUCGUUAGAACUUGAAAUCUGCGGAUUCCUUGCAUCACUGAAGAGGAGUUUAGUGUGGGCCGAACUGGAUAGGGCUGAGCAUCAGGUAUCGAUUAAAAUGGAGGGCGUGAACGUGUUCCUAAGCAACUUGUGGGCUCUGCAAGAGCGUCGUUACGCUGUUGUGUACGUGGCGGUGACUAAGUUUGUUCGCACGAUGCUGCGACUAAUUCUUCUCAGUACCCCAAGAUACUUCUGAUGAGUGAAAACUCGGUAGUUCUUUUGGAGGGCCCAGCAGGACUGUGCUGUGGCGUACAAGCUUGAAACACCGGCAGUCUCAAAGGCAAACCGACUCUCUUGGUUUCGGUACUCAUGGGUAUCGAAGAUUUUAGGAUCGGUUCCAGGUCCAAUUUUUCGUGUUUCCGCGGUGCAGGCCAACACUGAGGUUUCAAGUGUGAUGCAAAGUGGUGAUUAUCAUUGCCAGCAAGCAUCUUUGUUUCAUUACCAUGAGGCAUCUUCGAGCAACUUCUGUAUUACAGCCAUCAAUGGAAAAGCAAGAGACGCAAAAGCGUCCUCGUCGAGCUUGUUCUUUUAGAAUUAUCCUUAGAUGUGGCAUAAUGUUGGUUUGUCUCAUCCUCGCAUCAUAUGUGUUAGGAGUAAUUUUUAAGCUGUCAGGAGACCAUGGAAAUACAUUUCACGAUUUUGUGAACCAACCUAAUUCUACGAAGGUAGUUUCUGAAUACUCGUCUUCACUUCCUAAACCUCCUGGAUUGAACUUCAUGGAGGGUAAGAGCGUGGUUGUAGUCUCUCACGAACUUUCGCUCUCUGGAGGGCCGCUGUUGCUGAUGGAGCUUGGACAUAUUUUACGAAGAAGUGGAGCCUUUGUAUAUUGGGUCACUGGAAAUAAAAAAGAAAAUACCUCUGAUCCCGUGGUUGUUUUCUUGGAGGAGAAGUUGCUGAACCACGGACUACAGGUAAUUCCAGCCAGGGGGACCAGGACCGUCUCAGCAUUGACGACGGCAGACCUGGUGAUCCUGAACACUGCUGUGGCUGGAAAAUGGGUUAGUUCAGCUUUUAAAGCAGACAUAAAGAAGCUGCUGGCCAAGACGUUGUGGUGGAUACAUGAGAUGCGUGGCCACUAUUUCGCCCCCGAGUAUGUGAAAUUCCUUCCAGAAGUAGCAGGUGUUAUAACUGAUUCCCAUGCCACUGCUGAUUACUGGCGGACGCGCACGAGGGAUCGCUUAAGGAUGACUUUGCCCAAGAUGCAUGUAGUGCAUUUGGGUAAUAGUCAACAAUUGAUGCUUGAUGCUGAGGAUGCUGUUGGAAGAGCAUCCAUGAGACAACGUGUGCGUCAGAUUGUUGGAAUUUUCGAAAAUGAUAUUGUUUUUGCGAUGAUCAAUAGUGUAUCGCGUGGCAAAGGACAGGACUUGUUUCUAAGAGCAUUUGUUGAAGGAGUAAACUUGGUCAAGAAAACUAACAUGGUGCAACAGACGGUUUUCAGCGUGCAUGCCUUGGUCGUCGGGGGUGACCAUGCUGCUCCUCCAUACCAGUCAAUGCUUCACAAAUUUGUGGAGGAAAAUGGUCUGCAAAGCACAGUGCACUUUGUGAAAAAAACGAUGGACGUUGUUCCUUACUUAGCUGCCGCGGAUGUCCUUGUGCAGAAUUCUCAGGGGCGAGGGGAAUGUUUCGGACGAAUCACAAUCGAGGCAAUGGCUUUUCAGUUGCCAGUGCUGGGCACAGCAGCUGGAGGGACGUUGGAGAUUGUGAUGAACGGAACAACUGGGAGAUUGCAUCCUGUGGGAAAGGAUGGGGUACACAUAUUAGCAAAGAACAUGAGAGAUCUCAUCCUCGAUAAGUCGCUGAGGAUCAGAAUGGGUAGCAGAGGAUACGAAAGAGUGAAACAGCAAUUCCUGGAGUCUCACAUGUGCGAACGGCUUGGUCGUGUGUUCCGAACAGUUUUGCCUCGAACUGCUUGACUUCCCACUUAAUGACUCGGGUAAGGGACAAAUAUAGUAUGGCUGUUUUGCCUGUGAAGCUAUUGUGCUGUCAUUUCUAUACUGUUUUAUAGG